GUUCUUCUCAGCACAAUGGAGGACGAUGGAGGAGAGAGAUCAAGCUUUGUGAUCGGUCUCAUCGAAAACAGAGCAAAGGAGGUUGGAGUGGCUGCUUUUGAUUUAAGGUUGGCUUCACUGCAUCUUUCUCAGUAUAUCGAAACCAGCAGCUCAUAUCAGAAUACGAAGACAUUGCUGCACUUUUAUGAUCCCAUGGUGAUUAUUGUUUCUCCAAAUAAGCUAGCACCUGAUGGCAUGGUUGGAGUCUCAGAACUGGUGGAUAGAUUUUACUUUGCAGUCAAGAAGGUUGUAAUGGCCAGGAGUUGCUUUGAUGAUACCAAGGGAGCUGUGCUGAUUAAAAACUUGGCAGCCAAGGAGCCAUCUGCACUUGGUUUGGAUACUUACUACAAGCAGUAUUAUCUCUGUUUGGCUGCUGCUGCAGCUACUAUUAAGUGGACAGAAGCAGAGAAAGGGGUCAUUAUUACAAACCACUCACUUUUGGUUACUUUUAAUGGAUCAUUUGACCACAUGAAUAUUGAUGCUACUAGUGUCCAAAAUUUAGAAAUUAUCGAGCCACUGCAUUCAUCUCUUUGGGGCACAAGCAAUAAAAAGAGAAGUCUUUUCCACAUGCUUAAGACAACAAAAACUACUGGAGGGACUCGACUUCUCCGAGCCAAUCUUUUGCAGCCUUUAAAGGACAUUGAAACUAUCAAUGCUCGUCUUGAUUGCCUGGAUGAACUGAUGAGCAAUGAGCAACUGUUCUUUGGACUCUCUCAGGUUCUUCGUAAGUUUCCAAAAGAAACUGAUAGGGUACUUUGUCAUUUCUGCUUCAAGCCGAAGAAGGUUACAAAAGAAGUCUUGGGUGUUGAAUAUUCUAGAAAGAACCAAAUGUUGAUAUCAAGCAUUAUUCUUCUUAAAACUGCCUUAGAUGCCUUGCCUUUACUCUCAAAGGUGCUUAAGGAUGCAAAAAGUUUUCUUCUUGCAAAUGUUUACAAGUCUGUGUGUGCAAAUGAAACAUAUGCUUCCAUUAGAAAGAGAAUUGGGGAGGUGAUUGAUGAAGAUGUGCUUCAUGCACGGGUUCCUUUUGUAGCCCGUACACAGCAGUGUUUUGCUGUCAAGGCUGGUAUAGAUGGACUUUUGGACAUUGCAAGGCGAUCAUUUUGUGAUACCAGUGAAGCCAUACAUAACCUUGCAAACAAGUAUCGUGAAGACUUCAAGCUGCCAAAUUUGAAACUCCCAUUCAACAAUAGGCAAGGAUUUUAUUUUAGCAUACCACAGAAGGACAUUCAGGGAAAGCUUCCCAGCAAGUUCAUUCAGGUCUUGAGACAUGGGAACAAUAUACACUGCUCAACUCUGGAACUUGCUUCUCUGAAUGUUAGGAAUAAGUCUGCAGCUGGAGAAUGCUAUACACGGACAGAAGUUUGCCUAGAAGCACUAAUAGAUGCUAUAAGGGAGGAUGUAUCUGUCCUCACACUGCUUGCAGAGGUCUUGUGCCUUUUAGAUAUGAUUGUUAAUUCAUUUGCUCAUACAAUAUCCACUAAGCCAGUUGAUCGGUAUACCAGACCAGAAUUUACAGAUAAUGGCCCAUUGGCAAUUGAUGCUGGAAGACACCCUAUCCUUGAAAGCAUACACAAUGACUUCGUUCCCAACAAUAUUUUUCUUUCUGAAGGAUCAAAUAUGGUGAUUGUCAUGGGCCCAAACAUGAGUGGAAAGAGUACUUAUCUCCAACAAGUGUGCCUUGUGGUCAUUCUUGCGCAAAUCGGUUGCUAUGUUCCUGCUCGCUUCUCAACUUUGAGGGUCGUUGAUCGCAUAUUUACAAGGAUGGGGACAGUGGAUAAUCUUGAAUCAAACUCUAGUACGUUCAUGACAGAGAUGAAAGAAACGGCUUUUAUCAUGCAGAAUGUCUCCCAGAGGAGUCUGAUUGUAAUGGACGAACUAGGGAGGGCUACUUCUUCUUCUGAUGGAUUUGCAAUUGCUUGGAGUUGCUGUGAGCAUUUGUUAUCAUUCAACGCUUAUACUAUAUUUGCCACUCAUAUGGAGAACUUAUCAGAAUUAGCAACCAUCUACCCAAAUGUGAAAAUUCUUCACUUCGAUGUUGACAUAAAAAACAGUCGCUUAGAUUUUAAGUUUCAACUCAAGGAUGGACCAAGACAUGUACCACACUAUGGCCUUCUGUUAGCUGGAGUGGCAGGUUUACCAAGCUCAGUAAUUAAAACUGCCAUAAGCAUCACUUCAAGGAUCACAGAGAAGGAAGUAAAAAGGAUGGAAGUAAAUUGCCAGCAGUAUCAUCCAAUACAGUUGGCUUAUCGGCUUGCUCAGCGGCUCAUAUGCUUGAAAUACUCCAGCCAGGAUGAGGAUUCAGUUCGACAUGCAUUACAAAAUCUCAAAGAGAGCUACAUUGAUGGAAGGCUCUAGGUUCUGGUGAGCGGUGACAUAUAUCCUCUGUAAUAUUCUCUUCUAUUUUUACAAAUCGAACAAGUGUGUCUUGUUCAAAUCCCUCAAGGUGAAACAAUAUAUCUGCCCGGCUUGCCCGCUAGCUAGGCAGCACACUAUAAUCAAUAACCAUCUAGACAA